CUCUCUCUUUCUCACAAGUCAUUUAACAAUUUGCAGCUCUCGAAGUAGAACUCAAGAAACUUCUAGAUCAUUAUUCUCCCGCGAAUAUUCAAGUCUCAUCGAUCAUGAUCCCCGUGGUAAUCAUUUCUGAGCUACUGGUGGAGUACACAACGGGUCUCGCUAAACUCAUAGCUGUGAUUCUUCCUAGGCGGCAAGGCGACGGAAACUUCGUAAGGAUUGGCAAUUUAUCCGUGUAUUGUCCUCCUAGAUCGUCGCCGGUUCCAGAUUACUCUUCGCAUCUAGUCAACUUCUAAUCCCUGACGUCGAUGCUUUGCCUUUUCCCCUUCAAUUUUUUUUUACCGAGUAGAUGAGUGACAGCUGAGGAUUUUUUUUUUCACCCUUUUGGAUACUUAGCAGGCUAGAGACUUGUAAACAUUUAUUGUAUUGAAUUAUAUAACAGAGAUUAUGACAGCAUUUUCUUAAUUUUUGAUAACUGAUCAUCUGUUCUGUUAUGGUCCAACUAGUAACUGUCCCGGCCGAUGACGACUUCCAAAUGUUGGUAUGCUUGUUGGAAAUGAAUUAAUAAUGAAUACGUGAUUUUACAAACAGAAUGGUUUUAAAAUAAAAGUGGGUUAGUGGAACGAAUUCAUAGUACUUGAGCAUUUGCCAUUAGAUCAAAAAUAAGAUCAAGUUUUCAUAUAUUUUUUUUCACGAACGUUUUAAGUAGUAAAAAUAUGCCAUUAGUCAGAUAAUUAGAUAAAUACUCUUAAAUAGCACUAAAUAAUUUUUUUUUGUCUAAAAAUAUUCUACAAGGAAAAAAAGUUCUAAAAUAAUAUUCAUUAAAAAAGACUUCGUUUCUCUAGCAAGAAAACAACUAUUCCCUCUGUUUUUUUAUAUAUAACGUUUUAGAAGAAUUUUUUUGUUCCAAACUAUUUGACGUUUUCAAUUUUUUAUGUAAAAUUUAUUACUAAUUAAUGCUAGAUGACCAAUGAUAUUAUAGUUUCUAUUUUAUUAUUGGUUAAAUUGUGGUUAGAUAAACAAUUAAUAUUUUUGUUUAGAAAUUAAAUGUUUCUUAAUCUAUGUGCACAAUCCUAAAACGUCAUAUAUAAAAAAACGGAAGGAGUAAUAGACUUCUGAAGAUUUUUGCUCCAAAAAAAAAAAAGACUUCUGAAGAUUUUUUAGUUGCACAAAAAAGAAAGACAUAAAUUCGUUUAGAUUCCAGCCAUGUCUUUCUGUGAUUUUUUUUUCUGUGAUGUUGACAUGAUGAAUCUAACUAAGCUAGUUUUUUCAUUACAACUUGUUAUUCUUAACGGAUGCAACUUUGAAUGAAGAUCAUGCAUGGCGAGACGACCGCUACAGCCUACAGCGCUACUGAUAAAGCAUAAAACUUAAAAGUAAAACAAUAUAACUUUCUCAAGAAAUUGAAUGCUAUCCAACCCGUUUUGCAUCCAUCUCAUCCUAUCUCCAGACAUAAACAGUUAGGUUUAUAAAUAUCAAACUAAAGUAAAAGCAAAAGUGUUUGAAUUUUUAACCCAGAAAUUGGACUACAUGCCUGUGGUGCGAUUCAUCAAAGAUUAGGUCGACGCUCAGGUAAUUAACAAUGAUUUAAUUAAGAUACAACUUACAGUCAACUACAACUCAUACGGAAUUAAAAAUUGCCUAACUUAUAUGAUUCAAUAUUAUUUUGUGUGACUAUUUUACAGCAGCCAAGUUGUGAACGCGUGAAGCUUGAUAUGUCCUUUAUAAUUGUUUAAGCGAUACUCUUUUAUCAUCUAUAUAAUUUAUAAUAUCUCCUCCUCGCAGAAUCAGAACAAAAUAUCUUAUAUUGCCAUACAGAAUUAGCUCAAAAUCUACAUCUGUAAGCUCCAAUCAUAUGUCUAAUUAUAUAUGUGGCUAGAGUUCCAAUCAUAUGCUACUAAAUUUUUAAAUCCAUCUCCUUAUUAUUGAUUUUAAGUGCAAUAAUACAUCCGACCAAACAAAACAUCAUAGUUUGUAGUCUUGUACAAGCAAAAAGAUAGUUCAUGAAUUUGUCAGAUUUGAUGUGUAAAAACUAAUACUAGUAAUAAUAUCGAGAACUAAAUAGACUUAGACAAAAAAAAGUCUAGAUAUUUAAGAUUUGUCUAGCCUAUACAAAGAUUUAUGCAUGUUUGCCAUUUCCCUGUUUCCAACAAGAAUUAAUACGUAUCAAUAUAUGUCAAAAAAUGCCAAACAAAAAAAAUAUAUGUCAAAAUAUGUACUACAGUAUUAUGAUUAGUAAAGUUUUUAAAAAAAAAAGUAAAGUUUUAUUUUAUUUUAAAUAGCAUUGUAGAUGAAUCUACGAGAAAAAAGCACAUUUAUUUUAUUAAACGCAACUGAAGAUAACCCAACUCCAUCGGAUAGACAUUCACAAGAAAAUCGAGUUAUGAAGAUGUAAAGACGUGUUAGAAUUCUGUUUAUUUAUCUUGUAUAAGUGAACUGUAACCCCAAACAAGGUUGUAUCGGCUGAGUUAUUUUUUAUUUAAAAAGUGAUGUAAGUGCUGAGCUGUUAGUAAAUAAAACACAUGUGUUGUCGUUAAGUUGAUUAGAGGAUCAGCUAACGCUAAUGGGACAAGCGCGUCUUCGUUUUUAUGUUCCGACUGUCUGACGAGAAAUACAAUAUAUUAAAAUAUGAAACACGAGUCCGAGUAACGACGACCAACGUGGAGAAACUCUGGCUUUAGGCCUCUAUAUAAACAAAUAAAGAGAGCUCUCUCAUUCUCACAAGUCAUUUAACAACUGUAGCUCUCGAAGUAGAACUCAAAAAACUUCUAGACCAUUCUUUUCCCGCGAAUAUUCAAGUCUCAUCGAUCGAUCAUGAUCUCCGUAGUAAUCAUUGUUGAGCUACUGGUGGAGUACACAAUGUCUCUCGCUAAACUCACCGCUGGGAUUCUUCCAAGGAGGCAAGGCGACGAAAAUUUCGUAAGGAUUGGCAAUUUCUCUGUGUAUUGUCCCCCUAGGUCCUCGCCGGUUCCAGAUUUCUCUUCGCAUCUUGUCGAUUUCUGAUAACAGCUGAGAUUUUUUUUUUCCCUUUUGGAUACUGAUCAGACUAGAGACUUGUAAACAAUGUAUCGUAUCGAAUUAUAUAAUACUAGAAAUUAUGAUUAUGACAGCCUUUUUCUUAACUUAUGAUAACUGAUCAUCUGUUCUGUUGUGUCCAAUUGGUAAUUGUCUCGACCAAUGAUGAUUUCCAAGAAUUGACCUCCUUUAAAUUCAGUCACAUUUUAUAGUAGAAUUCUUUCUAAAGAUAGACGGUGAAAAGAACAACUUUACUGAUAUAAAUAAAAUUUCAUAUCCAUUUUGGUGAUACGGACUCCAAUUUUGUAGAAAAAUAGAGGGACUAAAAUGAGAUAAACCUAAAAGGAUAAAACAAAUAGAAUGUUCUAAAACCAAGUAGACAGGUACAUACGAACUGAGUAUUUAUUUAUAUACUUUAUUGGGUAAGUGGUAUAUGAAAAAGCAGCAGCUAAUGGUAUAUGCCGUAUCGGUAUUGUGUGCGUAACCACCAUGAAUUUUGUCUUGUCACCAAAACUGUGACAGUUCUGUCUGCAACGCAUGACACGCGGCAAAUUACUAAAGAGUAGUAAUAAAAUAAAGAAAAGGAAAGCGAUAUACGUGUGCAAGUAGUAGGUCUUGAAACCACUGUGAGCUUUAGGUUUUGUCGCCUAUAUAAAGAGAUCUAUACAUGUAUGAUGUCUCUCACUUCCAAACACCAUAAGAGAUAAGUGAGAGACUUCUAGAUUUCCGGCGACAACCGUUAUUAAAAUUUUCUUAUAUCAAAGAAUGAUUUCUGUUGUUAUAAUCACUGAGCUACUGGUUGAGUACACGACGGCACUAGCGAAACUCACCGCUGGGAUUCUUCCGAGACGGCGAGGAGACACUGACGUGAUACGGAUUGGUGGUUUCUCUUUGCGUUUUCCUUCAAGAUCGACACCUGUUCCAGAUUUCUCUUCUCAUCUAGUUGAUUUCUGAUCUGCGCAAACCCAACGUUCUCAGAUCUCAAUUUUGUGUGUUUCUCCGGAGCUUUCGAGGAGAUUGUGGCUUUGUUUUGAAGAAACUUUCUCUAGAUUUUGUGUUGAUUACUUGAUCAGAGCUUUGUAUAAUUGUAUCGAGUUAUUACUAGAGACUAUCGUUUUGAUUAAUCUUCCAGCGUUUCUUAAUUUUGAGAUUUCAGUCUUUUGUAUCUGUAGAGAACGUGAUGAAGAGAUGAUGUUUUUUUUGGCUUCACUCUUCUCUUCUGACAAGACGCACUUGUCUGUUUAGACUUUGUUCUUUACCUUUUAAACCAUCGUAUAGCCAACUGGUUGUAUUGCGAUGGUUGCAACUUGUAAAAUAAAAUAAUCAAGUUAAUUAGUAAAACCAAAACGAUCAUUUUGA